AUGUCACAGACAGCGUCGACCUCAGCUCCGACGCUGACUCCUCAAUUUUGUUUCAAUGAACGGGUGCUCCGAGACUUCCUCCGACUUUCCAGGUCCACAAUCGAUGAUUCUAUCACUCAGAAUCUUAACGCGUUGCUGACGCCCGCCCAACGCGGGUUUGACCCUUCCUCGACGGCAAACCGUCAGACAGAUUCCAAAUUCAGGUUGUCUGUUGACCCGGCCGCCUGCCAGAAAUUCAAGGAUGAUGUACUCUUCCCAGCUUGGCAGACCAGAUCAGAUGUUCUAAACUACUGCGCUGGUGUCGCCACGAGCCCCGAUCCGGAUGACCCCGACCUGAUACUCCGAGAAACAGAAUCCGCCAAAGAUAGGGAGCGAGUGGUUGACGAACGAUUGGAUCCAUAUUCGGCCCGGUUCUUCCCUCGAGAAGCGCGGACCGAGUCUCUAGCGAAUUUGAUUCGUAAUGAACGCACCGUGGAAGAAAUCAUCCGUUUCAGAACAUGGGGCUUAGUGAACGAGAGAUGCAACGAAUCGACGAGUUGGGAAAAAGCUCUGAACAAUUGGCGAGAGCGACAGCAAAGGUGA